AGAGGGUGACCAAACGGAGGGAGGAGGGAGGGGGAAACGGCGUAUGCUUGUAUACAACCCUGAUUUCCAUUUUUUUCCCAACUCGUAAUGUAUUUAAUUCAAGUGAAACGUAAUCAUGACGUGUCGUGUCAUUAAUCUCCUCGCCGCCUCUCCCAAGAUUAAAGGAGGUGGCUGCCGAAGUGUGUCCCCCCUCAGCAACGACACUAAAGAAUGGCAUAGCAUCACACACACAGCUGAGGAUGGAUUCUCCACCGGAGUGUGUGUUGUCUCUUUCUUGUGAGCAGCCCCAGUCUCCCCCAACACUGCCUUCUCUGGACCACAGUCCCCAGGCUUCUUCUCCUCACACCCAGCUCUCACUACCUGACAGCCCCAUUGCCCUUCCCAUUCACAGCCCAGAACCUUCCCCUCAGAGCCCAGACACUACGCCUUAUUUCCCCCUCUCUCCCUUUCCCCUCCUCCAGGACACUAACACCAAUUAUCAUGGUGUUGAUGAAGACGAUGAUGAAGAUGAAGAGCUGGAUGGAGUUCCUUCAUCCCCAACUCCAGCUGUUGCUCUGUUUCCAGGAGGAGGGGGACCAGAAGCUGGAUGUAGCCCUGGUUUGGACUCCUCUCCUCCAGCCACCCCAUCGGCACCACUCCUUGGGUUUGGGGCGCUGGAACUGGCCCUUUCCUCGGGGCAGAGUGGAAACUGCAAUGAUGAGCUGGAUCUCCAGCUGUUUCAGAAGGAUACCGUUACCAGAGCGAUGCCUGGAGUUGGAGGGGCUUCCUCAGGCCCUGCGCUCAGAUUUCCCUGCCAUGUGUGUGGAAAGAGAUUCAGAUUCCAAAGUAUUUUGUCUCUCCAUGCCCGAGCUCACAGUCUGGACCGAGAUCGCCGAGCUUCAGCCCUCUACCGGACUGGAUUGCCCUCAACACCUAUAAAGCAACACCUCAAGGUCCAGCAGAACCACAAGGAUUUAAUCCAGAACCAUAGAAGUCAAUCAAACCAGCGUUUACUGCCAGCGACUCUCAUCCAGCAUCUGACAGAGGAGGACGAUGUUGAUGGUGAGAUGAAAGGACUAGAUGACAGCUUACAGGCAGACCAGAACACAAACUUUUUACUGGAUGAUAGCACACCAUUGACCCCUCCACUUACUGAAGACCCCAUUUCUGUGACUUCUCCCUAUUCUUCUAAUCCUUCUACAAUUGGAGAGGCUGCUUCUACACCAAUAGCACCUACAUUCCGCUGCCAUGCCUGUAAAGGAAAAUUCCGAACAGCUUCAGAGUUGGCCCGUCAUGUCCGCAUUCUUCACAAUCCGUAUAAAUGCACUCUUUGUGCUUUCUCUGCCAGCCAAGAGGAAAGCCUGGCAUCUCAUUUGCAGGAGUGCCACCCUUCCCCCGAUGUACCCACUCUGCCACCAGCCUUCAUUUCCAGGCCUAUCAUUGCAACCCCUGACACUCCUGUACCCACACCGAGUCAUACCCCAGCUCCGACUCCUAAUACCACACAAACGGCGUCAGGUGCAACAGCGGCCGCAGCCUCCUCACUGCCAGCAUUUCGAUGUGACACUUGUGGACAGCGGUUUACCCAGUCUUGGUUCCUGAAGGGACACAUGCGAAAACACAAGGACUCCUUAGACCACAAGUGCCAGGUAUGCGGCCGUGGUUUCAAGGAGCCUUGGUUCCUCAAAAACCACAUGAAAGUACAUCUCAAUAAGCUUGGGCUGAAAGCUGGGCUUGGAAACCUUGGGGGACCAGCAGGUGCUGAGCAGCCAGCCAAAGGCUCUGCAACUAAUCAGUCCCUCAAUGCUCUGUACUCCAGCCUGCUUCUAGCUCAGCGAGGAGGUGGCAGAGGACAGGGAAGAUCAGAGAGGGAUACUGGGGGCAGAAUUGGGAUUGGCUCGAGCAAAUCAGCUAUCCUGGGAUACCUGGGGUUGCCUAGCGAUGGCAGUGGGGGCAGCUGUAUGGAGAGACUUCAGGCAGUAGCUCAGGUGGCAGAAAUGGGAAAUGGUGGCAGUAGCAGUGUUAGCGCUUCAGGAGGAGGGGACCCAGGGAGAGGAGGGGGAGCCACUAGAGGAGGGAGCACAGGGGAAACAGCAGCACUGGUAUCUGAAGGAGGAGAACAGGUGACCUGGUGGCAGCUUGUGGCCCGGAGCCUGGCAGUUGCCCAGCAGCAGCAGCAGCAGCAGCAGCAGAGGCCCCAACAGCAGGGUCAGCGAGGCCAGGGUCGGAACUCUGUGAUCACAGAGGCCGACCAAGUCAGAGCCUACCUUGGAGGCCUUGAUCCAAGAGAAGAAACAGGGGGUGCAGGAGGACCAUGGGAAUGCCCAGACUGUGGAAAGCUAUUCCGAAGCCUUCAGCAAGUUGUGGUUCAUGCUCGUGUUCACACUCAGCGGCCUCAAAAAGGAGGUGGCAGCAGAGAGGAGGGGAGUGGCAGCCGUAGAGGAGCAGGGCUUGGUAGAGGUGGCAGUGGUGAAGUGAGACAAGAAUCUCAGCUUCACAGUAGUGGAUCGCAACAAACAGGAGAAGCGAGACACGAAUCAAAACUGCACAGUGGUGGAUCCCAACAAGCAGGAGCACCAACAGGGUUUCACUCUGUCAUCUCAAGCUUCAAAGGAGAAAAUGGUUUGACAGCAGUCUCCUCCAUACCUUCAGUUCCCACCAGGGAGCGUGUGCGUGGUAGAGGGAUAAAAGACUGCCCCUAUUGCGGUAAAGCCUUCCGCUCUUCACACCAUCUUAAAGUGCACCUGAGAGUUCACACAGGUGAGAGACCCUACAAAUGUCCCCACUGUGACUACGCAGGGACUCAAUCUGGUUCCCUGAAGUACCACCUCCAGCGGCACCACAGGGAGCAACGUAACGCCCUCUCGGCUUCCUCCAACCCCUCCUCUACCGGUCUAACCUCCUCUAUCAACAGUCUGACCUCUGGAACCUCUGGCCUGGCCAAACAGCGGCGAUCUCAACAAAACCACUGCCCAGUCACCCGAGGCCCAACAGACACCUCCACCUCGAGGCCCAACCAGCAGUCUUGGCUGCUGGGGCUUCCUGACCAACGGGAGCAUCGGAAGGCUUUGGCAGCUCUGAGGGAUGUGGAUUUAGAAACACAGUAUAGAUAUCUUUCUGGGGUGAUGGGGGCACUUUACCAAGGGGGGAUGGAAGGAGGUUGGAUCAGGGAGUCUCCACCACCAAAAACCCAGAAAGUGUCUCGCCGUAAGCCUCUUACUACAAGCCGAAUGGUUCAGCCCACAAAUGACAAGGAAGGGCCUGCAUCUUCAACCCAAGAGGGUGGGUUUGAACCUCUGGACCUGUCUCGUCGUCCCUCCCCUGGUCUUGGAGGGAUGGAAGAGGAUGGACUCAUCAGUAUAGGGGAUGGAGGAGGCAUUGGUGGUGCUGAAGGAGGUGGUGACAGUACAACAGGGGUCACACUAAGCCAAUGUUUGUUCUGCCCUUUCCGUACCUCUUCAGCAGAGCUGAUGGCCAUGCAUCUCCAGGUCAACCACACCAGUAAAUCAAGGCGUAAAAGAGGCUCUUCAGCUGCACUGGAUGAUGAUGGAGCUCCAAAAACCACCAAGUCCCACACGACACACUCUGACUCUCUUCGAAUGUGGAGGCUUGUGAGCGAGACAGAGUCCCAAGCACCACAAAGUGAGUGGUCCUCAACCCAGGCUCCGAACCAAAACGGAAUCUCUGAGGAUGAACAGGAACAUCUGGAUGAUGACCUUGACCACCAAGACUCCAGCUCGGCCUCGGGAUCCAAGAAUGUAGCAGACAGUCUGGCACUAAAGGAGAAGACGGAGGGUGAGGAGGAAGACCAAGAGGAGGAAUUAGAGGAGAAUUUAGAGGACAGUAGUGAGGAGGACUCGCCAAGGCAGGACCAGGAUUUGGGGAUGUCACUCACCCUUUCACCAGCCCUGACCUCCAUCCAUCUGACUGAAGAGGAGGAGAGAGUCUUAACAGAUUAAAAUCAUACUGAAUGACACCCUUUACAGAGUGGUACAGCGAUGCUUAAUGGAUUAAACAAAAGGGGGUGGAAAGUUUUGAGAAGAGAAGGAGUAUUGAAAAUUAAAUCACCUUUGGCUCCUCUAUAUUUGGACUGGAUUCUUGACUGUUCGUGGGGUUUGUGAAAAGGCCAACUGUUAACGUAUGUUUCCUCCAACGUUCUUCAUUUACUUAAGUUCUGACAGUAUGGUCGACCACAAAAUACUUCCUGUAGAAAAGAGCGUGGAUUCAUCUUUUCAGGAUUUUCUAGGCCACUUUUUGUAUCUGUUUUUUCUGAUCAACUUCAUCCCACUAAGACGGAUUUUUAAGAUUGCUCCUGUUUGAAGAAAAGAUAGAAACAUGCAGGAUCUGAAUUAUCUCUCCAGAGUUUUGCAUUUAUGGUGACGUGGGUACAUACUGACCAAGGUGAAGUCAGGGAUGCUCUCCUGACUCUCCUGACUGACUGAAACCUCAAACUUUCUCCUCAAAACACGGACACCGAGGAAAGUAAAGUCAAGAAAAGUGUCGAGCUGUCAAACACAUCUAAGCUAUUUGAUGUUAAUUUAAAGCAUGAGGAAAACUUAUGCUUCUGUUGAUAAUUCCCUCAACUAUGAAUCACUGCCUUGUGUGUCUGAAGAUUGUCUCAAGGUUAAAAUGAAAGAAAAGUAUGGGGUUUUUUUGUUAUGUUUUUUAAUUAGAGCUUGUUCAUAUGUUGUCAGUGGAGUCUCUGAUAUUGCUAAGUACAGAGGCUCUGCUAGCUCAUUCAUUUUAUCUGAAUAUACAGUUUAAAACAAUUUAAGUACAGUAUAUUUGUUAAAAGUGGUUCUUAGGUUUUGUGAAUAGUAGUAGCUUGACACAGAUGGCAGCAAUUUGUGGCUCAUCUUGAAGAGAAACCUGAAAACAAAAAAGCUGAUGAAAUACAUUAUGUAUUACAUGAUAUUACAAAAAAAAAAGGUCAAGACUGAUGAUAAAACUUAAGUGUUUACAAUGGUCCAGAAUGCGGGUUGGGUUGCCGAGGCAGCUCACAGUCAUCACUUAGAUACGUGGAAGAGAACAAAACAGAGAGCGGAAGUCUUUGGAGGCUGUAGGGACAUUGUUCGAGCCCCCGAACACAAUCAACUGACACCUUUUUAAGAGACUGAAACUUAGAACUGUGUCAAAAAAAAA